GUCUCCAUCGGGGGCGGGGCUUGUGGUGAGUCACAGGCCGGUGUGCGGUGGAGGUUGACGAGCCGCUCUGCCUUCUCUCCGGACCUCGGACUGCCGGCUGCGCCCCGGAGGAGGCGGCUGCUAUGGACUGGCCCCUGUGGACGCCGCUUGGCAUGACAUGGGCACAGCGCCCUCUGCUGAGCCGCUGAGCUACUGCCGCUGUUCAGAGGAGUGAAGUGCGAGCUCUUGGGCCCAGAGGUCUCGCUCCUGUACGUCACCAUCGCCGCGGACAUGGAUGUGUGGUCCCGCAUCGCGGUGUGGAUCCUGUGCGCCUCCCUCCUCCAGCACGGGCAGGCGGAGAAACCCGCGGCGACCCCGGCGGAGGAGUCCCUGCAGGAAGUGUUCUGCCGGAUCGACCAGCUGCUGUGCCAGCGGGAGGACGAGCUCCUGAGCUUCGAGGCGGUGGUCAGCAUCCACAAGCAGAUGGACGAUGACGCCAAUGGGAACGUGGACGUGGAGGAGAGCGACGAGUUUAUAAGAGAAGAUCUGAAUUACCACGACCCGACGGUGAAGCACAGCACCUUCCAUGGAGAGGACAAGCUGAUCAGCGUGGAGGACCUGUGGAACACGUGGAAGGUGUCAGAAGUGUAUAACUGGACGGCGGACGAGGUGGUUCAGUGGCUCAUCGCCUACGUGGAGCUUCCACAAUACGAGGAGGUGUUCCGGAAGCUGCAGCUGAGCGGCAGGGAUAUGCCCAGGUUAGCGAUAACGAACGCCACCAUGACGGGAACGCUGCUGAAGAUGACGGACCGCAGCCACCGGCAGAAGCUGCAGCUGAAGGCGCUGGACACGGUGCUGUUCGGACCCCCUCUGUUGACCCGCCAUAACCACCUCAAGGACUUCAUGCUGGUGGUCUCCAUCGUCAUCGGGGUGGGGGGCUGCUGGUUCGCCUACAUACAGAACCGCUACUCGAAAGAGCACAUGAAGAAGAUGAUGAAGGACCUGGACGGACUGCACCGGGCCGAGCAGAGCCUGCACGAUCUGCAGGAGAGACUCCAGAAGGCCCAGGAGGAGCACCGCACUGUGGAGGUGGAGAAGGUCCAUCUGGAGAAGAAGCUGCAGAAUGAGAUCAGUUUGGCCAAACAGGAGGCGCAGAGGCUGCGGGAGCUGCGAGAGGGAACGGAGAACGAGCUGAGCCGGCAGAAGUACGCCGAGCAGGAGCUGGAGCAGGUGCGCAUGGCUCUGAGGAACGCGGAGAAGGAGCUGGAGUCUCACAGUAAUUGGUCGGCCCCGGAGGCCUUACAGAAGUGGCUGCAGCUGACCCACGAGGUGGAGGUCACGUACUACAACAUCAAGAAGCAGAGCGCGGAGAAGCAGCUGAUGCUGGCCAAGGAAGGGGCAGAGAAGAUUAAGAAGAAGAGGAACACGUUAUUCGGGACCUUCCACGUGGCGCACUCCUCCUCGCUGGAUGACGUGGACCAUAAGAUCCUGUCUGCAAAGCAGGCCCUCAGUGAGGUGACCGCAGCGCUACGAGAGCGCUUGCACCGCUGGCACCAGAUUGAGAUGCUCUGCGGUUUCCAGAUUGUCAAUAACCCGGGUCUGCAUUCCCUGAUGACGUCCUUAAACAUGGACCCGGUUCUGAUGGGCGGGGCCCGGCCUGCACCCACCCACUUUAUCAUGAGUGACGACCUGGAUGACCUAGAUGAGGAGAUCAUCUCUCCGAUCAGCAUGCAGUACGCCGCCUGGCUCAUGGGACGCCGGUACAGCGAGCGCCCGUCCACCUGCUCCGAGGAUUCCGCCCUCUGGAAGUUUUCUGCGCCCUCGCUCCGCCACCGGCACACGGACUCGCCGCUCUCCACGCUGGGAUCGCAGAGGUUGGUAGAAGGUCACGUGGUCGGCCAGUCUGAGGCCAGCCCCCCGGUCAUGUACCGGCCCAGCAAAGUGUCGCUCCACCGUAUGCGCAGCCUUUCUCACGGACAGUCCUUCAGCUCCGAGCAUCAUCCUCCCGGCUCCUCCGGCACCACCGCCUGCCCCCCUCCCCCACCGCACGCCCUGCCCGUCUAUUUCCACCAGUCCACCACCUACUACCUGCAGAUGGACUCUCUGCCCGACCUGCCCCCGCCAGACCUCACCUCCGGGACACCGUGCGUUGGGGAGUUGAGUCGUUCAGAUUCGGAUUCUUCCAUCCCGUACAUGGGUGAUUCUCGUUUUGGAAAGAUCCCCAAAUCCUCGCUGUCUCAGCGAACCCUGGAAGAGCUGCCGUCCAGUAGCCAGACCCCCAACGGUGGGAACCGCCAGCUGGAACAGUCCAGCUCCGCGGGGGUCCUCCAGAGACUUUCCGACAGCCCCCAGCUGGAGAAGCUCAGUGAGAAGUCCUUCACCCUAGGAGAGAUCAGCACGGGCGGGAUGGGACAGCACCAUUCCGACUCUUCCCGAUCCCACAGCCCGAGCUCCACCGAUGCCGACACCCCGUCCCCUGGCACCGAGGCCAAGCACAACCACUCCAAGAGCACGCGGAUCCCACAGCUGGCCGCCAAGAAGAACCAGGGAGACGAGGACAGCGGGUCUACGGGCGAGGACAACGACCCCAACUCCGGCAAGAAGAAGCUGACGCUCAGUCUCUUUAAGAAGCCAAAGAAAUAGAGACUUGGUGUGGUCUGCGAGAGCGAAGGAAGAUGGCGGGUGCAGAGAGGAGCGCUGUCACCCCCUCAUUACAUGCAGGACAGAGGAGGCUGCGAGGUGGGAGCCAGGACCGGAUGCUUCUCCCACUCCUCCCCCCGGAGCAGACCUUGCACGUAGCGUCCGUGGUGGGGGGGGCCGGAGGGCACAGGCUGCUCAUCCUCGUGUAUUUCGGGGCUGAUCGCACUCGCCCCCCUUUGCCUCUCCCGCUUUGCUAUGCAUGGCUUUCGGGAACCUUUCCUCCCUUUGCCACUGAAAAAAACUGAUAACCCCCUGAGGAGGGUGUAGGUAGGUUUUUACUUGGGUGUAGGUGGUGAGUUUUAUUUGGCGGGGGAUGUUUGUAUGACGUUUUCUUCUGUAUUCUUUGCUUCUGAUGGGCAUGCCGAAAAAACAACACAAUAAAAUAUAUAUAUAUAGAAAAAACUGAAA